AUGUCUGACAAAACCCCCUUUGAAACAGAUAUGCUAACGCUCACAAGAUUCGUUAUGGAGAAGGGACGCCGCGUUAAAGGAGCAACAGGGGAGCUGACACAGCUGCUCAACUCCAUGCUGACUGCCAUAAAGGCCAUUUCCUCUGCAGUCAGAAAGGCAGGCCUUGCUCACAUGUUUGGUAUCGCUGGCACUGUAAAUGUGACUGGUGACGAAGUGAAGAAGCUGGAUGUGUUAUCCAACUCCCUAGUGAUUAACAUGCUCCAAUCCUCCUACAGUACCUGCCUCCUGGUCACAGAGGAGAACAAGGACGCCGUUGUCACCCCGAAAGACAAGCGGGGUAAAUAUGUGGUGUGCUUUGACCCACUUGAUGGCUCAUCCAAUAUAGACUGUUUGGCACCAAUAGGAACAAUAUUUGCUAUCUACAAAAAGGAAACGGAUGAUGAGCCUUCUGAGAAAGAUGCUUUGCAGCCUGGGCGCAAUAUUGUUGCUGCAGGCUAUGCCUUGUAUGGUAGUGCUACACUGGUUGCCCUCUCCACAGGACAAGGAGUGGAUUGCUUCAUGCUUGAUCCGGGUCUCGGUGAAUUUAUUUUGGUGGACAGAGAUGUCAAAAUCAAGAAGAAAGGGAAAACAUACAGUCUCAAUGAAGGUUAUGCAAAGUAUUUUGAUCCUGCAAUGACAGAAUACUUACAGAAGAAGAAAUUCCCUGAGGAUGGCAGUUCCCCAUAUGGUGCCAGGUAUGUGGGUUCCAUGGUAGCUGAUGUUCACCGUACGUUGAUGUAUGGUGGGAUCUUCAUGUAUCCUGCUAAUCAGAAGAGUCCUAAAGGAAAGCUCCGACUUCUCUACGAGUGCAACCCUAUGGCUUUCAUAAUUGAGCAGGCAGGUGGAAUGGCAACUACGGGGACUGUGCCAGUGUUGGAUGUGAAACCUGAGAGCAUUCAUCAGAGAGUCCCUCUUAUCCUUGGUUCUCCAGAUGAUGUACAAGAAUACCUUGCUUGUGUACAGAAACACCAAAAGAGCAGCUAAAGGCUUCUCUACAUCCGAAUUUGCUCAUCUGUCUUCAGUCUAUGGGAGAAUCUAUAACUUUCAAGAUGGUGGAUUCUAGCAAUUAGCACUCAUCUCUCAGUGAAAAUCUCACUGUUUCCUUUCAGACAAAUACAAAAAUCCUCUAUCUCUGAUUUAUGCAGUGCAAACUUAGGAACACAGAGGCCUGAUUACUAAAUGGAUGUGAGUUACUUUAUAUAAAAUUAACAGGAGGAAAUUAAUUGUGUCAGUACCCUCAUUGGAUCUGAACCUUAAGAUUUGACACUACAAGGCUGGCAUUGUUUGAGACAGGAUUUUCACAUCAGCAUUCACGAUGCCAUUAUCUAGAUUUUCUGUCAAAGUUUCUGUUGCAGGUGCCUUUUAUCUUGAAAACCCUAAGAAGACCAAAAGUCUUGUGCUAUCUGA